ACCAAGUAGAGGCACCUGACGUCUUGUCAUGGAAAGAAUCCGCCUUCAUCACCCAGCCUUGUCUCUGUGGGAAGGGGCAGAGAUGAAGAUCAGAAUGUUCCUGAGCAUUUUGCUCUUCCAUUUCACUUCUGUGCAGUCUUUUGAACCACAAUAUGUCCUGCUGCUCUCUUCAGUUCUAAGGAGUGACUUUCAAGAUAAAGUGUGCCUUCACCUCUCCAACCUCAAUGAGACUAUGUCUAUGAGUGUUAUCUUGGAAUAUAAUGGUGCCAAUACCACCAUUUUUGACCAGUCGGUGUCAGAGAGCCCUUUCUUUGAAUGCAAAAGUUUCCAGGUUCCCAGAGCCACGGCGGAACACCUGGCUUUUGUCACAUUCUCUGCCGUGGGCAGCACCAGCCAAAUGUCGGAGAGGAGAUCUGUGGUCAUUCCAACCGAAGAGAAGGUGACCUUCGUCCAGUCAGACAAGCCCAUCUACAAGCCAGGGCAGAAGGUGAUGUUUCGCAUUGUGACUUUGGACAACAAUUUGAAGGCCGUAAAUGAGUCGUACCCUCUGGUCACCGUUCAGGAUCCCGAUAGAAACAGGAUUUUUCAGUGGCUUCAGGUGAAGCCUCUCACUCCUAUCGCUGAGUUCUCAUUCCAGUUAAUUUCAGAGCCCAUCCUGGGAACAUACACGAUUACUGUCAGAAAAAAUUCAGAAGAGACCGUGAGUCACCAUUUCACCGUUGAGGAAUAUGUACUACCUAAAUAUGAAGUUCAAGUCUAUAGUCCUGAAGCAAUUUCUGUGGAGGAUCAGACAUUCCAAGUGGACGUGUGUGCAAAGUACGCCUACGCCCAGCCUGUGCAGGGAAAAGCCAAGAUUCAAGUGUGCAGAAAAUACUUUUCUUCUCCAGGUUGUGGCAGAGGCCAGAAUGAGAUCUGCCAACGCUUUACCCUAGAGCUAAACACGACAGGCUGUGCCUCCCAGAGCCUGGAAACAGAAGCCUUUCAGCUCUACCGGUCUGGGCUUUACAUGUUGCUAGAAGUCAAGGCCAUUGUGAUGGAGAACGGGACAGGCUUGCAGUUCACGGAUUCCAGCACCAUUUCCAUCUCCUCGAUGCUUGGGAGAAUUCAGUUUGAGAACAUGGGCCGCUACUAUAAGAAGGGGAUCCCUUACACUGGACAGUUCACCUUGGUCAAGGCCGACAACUCUCCCAUUGAGAAUGCGGUGGUUCAGCUGGAACUCAAUGACAAGGUUCUUGCUAACUACACCACGGACUCGAAUGGCAGUGCCCAGUUUUCCAUUGACACCUCCAACAUCUUCGACCCACAGAUCAACCUGAGAGCAUCACACAAGACUUCUGAAAACUGCUACGAUUCCAACUGGUUAACUCCAUACUACGCCCAGGGCUAUUUCUCUGUCCUCCGUUUCUACUCUCGUUUCCAAAGCUUCCUGCAGAUCAAGCCAGAGCCAGAGGAGCUGAGAUGUAACCAGGAGAAGACGAUCACCGUGUACUACUCCCUUGAUGCAGAAGACUAUAAGGAUGUUGCCAAUGUCCAGUUUUACUACUUGGUGAUGGUAAGAAAAGUGUUCGUUGUGACUGGCCAAAAAGAAGUCAGCAUCAAUGGCGCCCUGAAUGGUUCAUUUUCCGUCUCUCUCACCAUCACUCCUGAGCUGGCUCCCAAAGCCACUAUGCUGAUAUACACCCUGCACCCCCGGGGGGAGAUGGUAGCAGACAGUGCCAAAUUCCAGAUUGAGAAAUGCUUUAAAAACCAGGUCAGCCUGAAGUUCUCUGAAGACCAAGGGCUCCCGGGCUCCAAUGUCAGCCUCCACCUCGAAGCAGCCGCCAACUCCUACUGCGCUCUGCGGGUCGUGGAUUGGCGCGUUCUUCUCCUGAAGCCCACGGAGCAGCUCUCAGCCAAAACUGUGUUCGACCUGGUUCUAUCCCAGGAGUUAUUUGGUAAUUAUCAAGGACUCCAGCUGGAAGAUGACAAGAGAGAACCGUGUAUCUCUGAGAAGGAAAUAUUUUACCAAGGUUUAUAUUAUGAGCCUGUGAGCAAUAGUGGUGAUGGAGAUACUUAUGAAAUCGUCAAGGAAAUGGGCUUGAAGGUCUUUUCCAACUCACGUCUCCGCAAGCCAGAAGUGUGCAUAAAGAAGACAUUCCAGCCAUAUCCCGAGGUGGCAUUUUCCCGCGGACAGCCGUACGGCACCCUCAAGGCUGCUUCAUUUUCCAGUUCCUCAAGUAACCCGGGCUUUUCCGAUUCAGAUGCCCAAGCAGCUGUGAAAGAGACCGUCCGGAAAUUCUUCGCAGAUACUUGGAUAUGGGAACUAGUUACAGUCGGUUCCUCGGGUUCGGCCGACCUGUCCUUCACCAUGCCGGACACCAUCACCCGGUGGGAUGCCAGUGGCUUCUGUGUGGCUGACCAAGCUGGAUUUGGCAUCUCCUCCAACUCCAAACUGAUCGGCUUCCAGCACUUCUUCAGUGACCUAAACCUGCCCUACUCAGUUGUGCAAGGGGAGCAGUUCGAAUUGACAGGCAACAUCUUCAACUACCUAGACCACUGCGUUGAGAUUUCUGCUCUCCUGGAAGAAUCUGCAAAUUAUGAAAUUCAGCGCAACUCCCCACAAGGCAGCGGAAAUGUGAUUGUUGGAGCCAAUGAGAAGAAAACGUAUAUCUGGACCAUGACCCCCAAAACACUGGGGGAAGUGAAUUUGACCAUGACUGCCGAGACGGUGCAAAGCCAAGCCUGUGGAACUUCUGAGCAGCAGAGUCCAAGGUGGAAAGACACAUUAAUCCGUGUGCUGUUGGUGGAGCCUGAAGGAAUCGAAAAGGAGAUGACCCAGAGUAUCCUCAUCUGCACAGAAGAUACCGACAUAUCUGAGCAAGUGUCUCUAAGGUUGCCAGGGACAUUCGUGAAUGGAUCGGCCAGAGCUGACUUCACUGUUCUUGGUGAUUGUCUUGGGCAGGCCAUGCAGAACUUGGAGAAUCUUCUUCAGAUGCCCUAUGGUUGUGGAGAACAGAAUAUCGCUCUGCUCGCCUCUGAUGUCGCCGUACUGAAAUACCUGAUUGCAACGGACCAGUUGACGGAGGAGCUCCGAUCUAAGGCCAUCAGUUUCUUAGCCAGCGGGUAUCAAAAACAACUGUCCUACAAACUCUUCGAUGGCUCCUACAGCACAUUUGGAAGGAGAGACAUGAAAGGAGACACCCGGCUCACCGCCAUCGUGUUCAAGACAUUUGGGAAGAUGAAGGAUUACACCUACAUUGAUGAGACGGUCCAAUCCCAGACUAUGAUAUGGCUUUCAAGACAACAGAAAGAGAAUGGCUGCUUCAUGAACCAAGGCAAACCUUUCAACAACGCCCUGGAGGGAGGAGAUACAGAUGAAGUUUCCCUGACAGCACUAGUUGUUGGAGCUUUGCUCCAAACUGGAUUGAAUUCCACGCAUUCUCUUGUACGGAGAGGGCUGAUUUGUCUGAAUGAAGCUUAUAACCGCAUCAUUAGUUCCAACAUCAUCUACAGCCAGGUACUAAUGGCCUACACAUUUGCCUUAGCCAGACAAGAAGAGAAAGUGGAAUCCUUACUGCAGAGACUGGAUCAAUCUGCUAAGAAAGAUGGCAGCACAGUGCACUGGGAACGGGAAAAGAAGCCCCGGCCGGAUGACCUCCCCUCUUUCUCUCCUCGGGCCCCCUCGGCUGAGGUGGAAAUAACGUGUUACGGGCUUCUGGCUGUCAUAUCCAAAGCUGUACCUGACCUAACUCUGGCCACCAAGAUCGUGCUGUGGAUCGUCAAGCAACAGAAUCCCUAUGGAGGCUUCUCCUCCACUCAGGACACGGCCAUUUGUCUCGACGCCCUGAGCCUCUAUGAGACCUUGACCUUCUCUAAGGGCCAGAACACGGUCACUAUCAGCUCGGAAAAAUCCAGCGAGGUCUUCCAGGUGAACGGGGACAACCGCCUUCUGCUCCAGCGCUCCAACCUGGUCCAGGUCCCCGGGAAUUACACGGUGGAUGUAGCCGGCAAAGGAUGUGCUUUCAUCCAGACAACGCUGAGAUACAAUGUGCUGCUAUCACAGAUGGGAGCGGGAUUUUCCCUUUAUGUGGAGACAGCAAAUAGCAGUUGUACAGAUGGAUUCCAGGACAAGUUCGACUUGUUCAUCACCACCAGCUACACUGGAAUCCGCAAUAACUCUAAUAUGGUCAUCGUGGAUGUGAAAAUGCUUUCAGGAUAUUCUGUGGUUUCAACAUCCAUGGAGAAGCUUCAGGAGAAUACUAAGGUGAUGAAGACAGAGAUCAAGAAUAACCAUCUUCUGAUCUAUCUGGAAAAUCUCCGUUCGGAAAUCAGUUUCAUGUUCUCUGUCGAGCAAACUCUCCCCAUAUCCAACAUUAAGCCAGCGUCGGUGAAGAUAUAUGAUUACUAUGAAACAGAUGAAUAUGGGUUGGCUGAAUACAACACUCCCUGUGGUCAGACUUCUGCCUGAGAAACGAGGAAAAGGCCAAAUUCCAGAUUUUUUGACAUUCCAGCUGUAGCAAAUCUCUUUCCACUUUAUUUCCCACUCUGGACUUCCAUUUGAUGAUCCUGCCCGGGAAUGAAUCUUUUCCUCAUCACGACCCUGAUUUUCAUGUGCCAUCAUUCUAUUAAAUGCCUCACUCUUUUGA